UAAGAGAAGGAGGAGUGUUGGAUGAUUGAUGAGUUUGAUGCGUUUGAUGCGUUUGAUGUGUUUAUGUGUUUGAUAUGUUUGGUUUGAUUGAACGAGUUGCCAGGAGUGGGGUUGGCGUUUGCUUCUUGUCUGCUCUUCAUGUGGAUUGCGGAGGUGCAAACCCAUGUGCGAAGAUACCAUCCUGUUGCGAUUAAUGUUUUCUGGCUUGUUUUGACGUUGAAUUCUAAUACAUUCUAUAGCAACCUGUUUUUCGAUCAAUCUUGUAUUAGCGUACUUUGUGUGUCUCUGUCUUGUGAGUUUUAUCGUAGUGUUUGCUAUUCACUGCUCCUUGAUCGGUUGCUGUAUUCUUGGGAUAUGUCCAGAGCUCCAAUGUGCUAGCUCUCUGUUUCGAACGUAAAGUCGCAAUAAGCUUUGUAAAUCAAGCAGAUACUAGGAAAUGGAAAUCGAUCUUAUAAUUGUUU